AUUAGGCGUCUAAACCAUAAGAAAAUCUAAUUCAAUUCAAACAAGGCCGACACAGGGAGAAGCAAAUAGAUCAACGUCCACAUUUGCGUGAGUUAGAGCCUCCGCCAUGGACGAUUCAGACUCCGAGCUCGAGCUCUACACCAUCCCAAGCUCUUCAAGAUGGUUCGCGUGGGACGAAAUCCACGAGACGGAGCGAACGGCGUUCAAGGAAUUCUUCGACGGGAGCUCGGUGUCGCGAACCCCCAAGAUAUACAAAGAGUACCGCGACUUCAUCAUCAACAAGUACCGCGAGGAGCCCUCGCGGAGGCUCACGUUCACCGAGGUGCGCAAGUCGCUGGUGGGUGACGUCACGUUCCUGCGCAAGGCGUUCCUCUUUCUCCAGAAUUGGGGUCUGAUCAACUACGGCGCGCCUUCCGCUGCGGACGCGGAGGGGGAUGUGGAGGACGAGUGCAGGGUUCGGGUCGAGGAUGGGGCGCCCACCGGGAUUCGCGUGGCGGCCACGCCGAACUCGCUGAAGCCGAUGGCGGGGGGGCGCGGCGCCGCCAAGAGUGGGGGGAGUGCGAGUGGGGGUUCGCUCAAGUUGCCGCCGCUGGCUUCGUAUUCUGAUGUUUAUGGCGAUUUGAUUAGGCAGAAGGAGGUCAAGUGUGGGCUUUGCGGUGAUAAAUGUGGUUCUGGACAUUACCGAUGUAGCCAGGAUAAUUUCAUUAUUUGUACAAAUUGCUUCAAAAGUGGGAAUUUCGGGGAGAGAAGGUCUGCAGAGGAUUUCGUAUUAAGUGAGUCAAGUGAAAAUAGUGGCAAACACGACACUGUCUGGACUGAAGGAGAAACUCUUCUCCUUUUAGAAUCUGUGUUGAAGCAUGGGGAUGAUUGGGAACUUGUUGCUCAAAGUGUUCAAACCAAGACUAAACUUGAUUGUAUCUCAAAACUCAUUGAGCUUCCCUUUGGGGAGCUCAUGUUGGGCUCUGCUCACAGAAAUGUUAACAGUAACAGUGUUAAUGGCAUCAUGAACAAUGCAAAGCAAGUUCAGUCAUCUUCAGCUGACGAUCAAGAAACUUCCAAGACAAAUGACCAAUGUCCUGAGCUACCAAAUGAAAAUGAGCAGAAUGGGGAUGCUGUGAAGGAAAGUCCUUCAAAAAGACAGCGUGUUGCUGCCCUUUCAGAUUCCAGCAGUUCAUUAAUGAAUCAGGUGGGGCUGAUCUCUACUGUGGUUGAUCCUCAUAUCACAGCUGCUGCAGCUGAUGCUGCUGUUUCAGCACUUUGUGAUGAAAAUUUGUGUCCAAGGGAGAUAUUUGAUGUUGAAGAGGAUGAAGGUUUAGAGACCGAGAGGUCCUCUCUGUCAGAAAUGGAUCACAGCUGUCCAAAGGAUGGCAUACCUUUGACACUGCGUGUUAGAGCUGCCACUGCAACUGCUCUUGGAGCUGCUGCUGCUCGAGCAAAGUUGUUGGCCGACCAGGAAUACAGAGAGAUCGAACAUUUAGUGGCAACUAUAAUUGACGCACAGAUUGAGAAAUUGCUACACAAGGUUAAACAUUUUGACGAUCUGGAGCUGUUGAUGGAGAAGGAACACGCUGAAAUGGAAAAUCUAAAAGAUUCUAUCUUGACUGAUCGAAUUGAUGUGUUACGGAGAACAUUUAGGUCUGGAAUCACUAGAUGGAAGGAUUAUUCGUAUGUAAAAUCUUAGUUUUCAUGCAUGUGUAUAAUUUUGGUACUCCAUGCCGAACGAUGGAGUUGGACUAUUAUUUUACAUCAGGGCCAACACGAACUGUUAGACUUGCUAUUCGCCGUUAUUUUACAUCAGGGCCAAUGAAGUACUGUAAAAUUUGUUGUUUAUUAUCUAAAUUUUUUGGGUA